AUGCAUCUCAUGAAAUCAUUUUUGCCUGCAGCUGCCUCGGCACUGCAAUCUGCGUUCCUCUGGUUCGCCGGUUUUCUUUCCUCCCCCUCUGCCUCCUCCCCCUCUGCCUCCUCCUCCUCUACCUCCUCCUCCUCCAUCGCCACCAACAAGGACGACAACUGCAACCAGGCCGCUUUUGAGCUCACUGCUGAGGAUCUAGCAUUGGUCUUGAGCGCGGCGGUCUCGGUUGUGGAGACAACGAUCUCGGUUGACCAAGCGGCAGCAUCGUUGCAGCGCCGCUCUCAGCCGCAACAUUUCUGCACUGCUCGUCUCCGUCGGUCCUACGCUUAUCCUUACUGCACUAAGUGCGAGAGUAAUGGUAAAGUAAUGGUUCAUAUCGAUAACCAAGACUUGAGCAUAGAGGUUGCACAAUUAAAUAAAGUCGUCAUGAAUAGCGCUCUUACACUCAGCAUCUUAUACCAACUAUGA